AUGUCGUCCAAGCCCGAUUUACAAACAAGGGGCAAAGAAUUCAAGCUGCGAAAGUCGGGAAACCCUGCCGCCACUCGUCUUUACCAGCCAAGUGACAACCCCCGUCGUUAUAUCGAGUUCCUGUCACAAGGCUCGUCUAGAAUCCAAAGACCAGUGAACGCCACACAAAGGCUGGACUCACCCGUCGAGCAUGGAAUCCCUAUCAAUUUCCAAAAGCCACCAAGAUUCCGCCCGAGACAGCCUUCGCUUGCCGUCGUUGACGAUGUGGGUUUACACAGAUCUGAAGCAGCAGCACAAAGAUAUCAACAAACCCAGAAUCGAUGGUAUUCGCCAGCCAAUGUUCCACAACUCUCACAACGUAUUUACUCCCACAGCCAGCCCUACGUGAACACCUUCAACGCCGGCCCGGUAAACAGGCUGGCAUUAUCCAGAGAAACGGAUGGCGGCGAUGAUGACGAAGAUGUCAAAACUUUUGCGCACAACAACCCCUGGCGGCAUAUAUCCGCACCCCUAGAUCAGAAUCCAGCUACAGAAAAGCGAAGGCUUGCCGAGGAGGAUGACAAGAAAGAGCCCAGACCAUUCAAGUCCGUACGGUUGAGCACCGCCGAGGACAUUACGCAAACAUUGAGCAUAGCAAAAGGAAAGAUGGACGAGCAGCUGUCAAAAGCCACCCAUGUGGAUGACGUCCUUCUCUCGGGGAUGGACGUGCACGAGUAUGUCGCAAAGACUUUGACAACCAGGGACCAGACCCUAGUGCAACAAAUGGUGGUUGAUUUAUUUGCGAAGAGGGCUAGUGAAAGCGAGUGGUGGUCCGAGGUUGAAUCAAUGUUCGAUGAGAUGUAG